AUGGCGGACACCAUGCCGGCCUCUGUCACACAAGGCACGCUGGAGCCACUCGAGGUCCGCAUAGACAGGCUGCUGGCAGAAUUCUGUGCGAAGCGCGAGAGUAAACUGAACCUGCCAGCAAACAGACCCAGAAUUGCAGACCUGCCACCGGACACAACUCCCUCUUCCCGACACUCACCCAGCUUGAACCGCCGAAAGGCCCAAAUACGACCCCAGGUGCUGCCCAGUGCGUACCGGCCAAUCCAGAAGAGCACAAAGCAUACUUUGAAGCCUGACAGAACUGCGCGCUGGUCCUCAAACAGAGUCCGCAAGGUCCCAGGGAGACCGCAGGAUCAUGACAAAGUGGAGCAAGGUCAGGAGCGAGCCGCUGGCGGAAGGAGCAUCUCACGGCUGUACCGCUGA